AUGAAUAUAAAAGAUUUAAUUGUUUCAAUUUAUAUUUGGAUAGUUGCACUAUUUUAUAAUAGAGCUCAACAAGAUCAACAAUUACUUACAAAUAAUAUAAAUAAUAAUAAUAUACAACAACAACAACAAACAUCAAAUACAAACAAUCAACAAUUAAAUAGUAAUAAUAAUAAUAAUAAUCCAUUACAAAUAACAAUACAACAACAACAACAACAACAAACAACUUCACAACCACAAUUUGUAAAUGCAUUUACAAAUAUAGAUAAGAAAGAACCAAUUAGCUAUUCAGUUUAUAAACAAAGAGCACUCGACUAUUUGAAUCUAAAGGUGAUUAAAGAUGAUAAGGUGUUGGAAUCUGUUAUUGUUAUACUGAGUGAGGAGAAUGACGAUGACAUCUUUGAUAGGAUUACAACACUGUUGGAGUCACUCGACAAUGAGCGUGCCAAACGUGAACGACGCCCUCUCCAAAGACCGUCGUCGCGUGCAAGAGAUCAAAGCGUUCGUCGAGGAGGUAUCGUCGAUACUGGUGCAGUUUGUGCAGAAUCACCGAUUCAACAACGUCGCCGAUUCACUGCAAUUCGUGAAAUCGAUCGAACUCGUAGCACUCCUCCUACACAACCUCACAAAAGUACACCGCUCGAAGCUACUCCUUCAGAACCUGCUCAUCAGUCGCGUACUCCCACUGGUACCGUCACAGAGAACCAUUCUACUGGACAAUCUCUUUAG